GUGGCCUCAGUCUUGGAUAGAGAUCUGACUAAUGUCUGGCUGACCCACAGAUACAUAUGAAUUAGUUCCCAGAACCCAAAUGUAAUGAAAGGUAUCUCCUCCCCAAAGAUCAUCUGGACCUUGAGGCUCUCGGCUGUGCGUCUUCUACUUGGACAUCACUACUGAUCAAUACUUGUGGGGACACUAGACUUGUUUAUUUUGCUUCCAGGCAACUCCCCUCCCCGGGAUCCUAGAGUCUAUGCAAAGAGGAGUGAGUUUAUGGCCCCAUAUCCCCUGAUCAUGAAUCCUGUCCGUGAAGGGUCCCCAGGGCCAAACCCGAGACAGCCGGAGGCUAGCAAGACUGAGUUGCCAGUGGCCACUAUUCCCGAAGUGAGUGCGACUAAUGGAUGGAAAAGCCAAACGUUAUCCUUCAGUGUUGAAUCCUUGAUCUCCUCUGAUAGGAAGCCCACUAGGACUCAAAUCCCAGAUUCUAGGCUGGCUAACACACUGAGUGCUGGAGAGCAAGAGCAGCCCCCCUUAUCUGCCAGGACUAUUUGUGCUGAUACAAGUUUUUCCCCAGUGGAGGGUCUUCCUCACUUAGGAGAAAGAUGCAAGCAGGAUCCAGAUGCUAUUGGAGACAAAGGGGGCAAUUCCUGGUACAAUAACCCAAAUUAUUCCUCACCCUCAAGACACCCCAGCCCUCCACCAUGUACCUUGAGGAAGCACAAAAAUAACAGAAAGCCCAGGACUCCCUUCACCACCUCUCAGCUGCUGGCCUUGGAGAGGAAAUUCAGACAGAAGCAGUACCUGUCUAUAGCUGAGAGAGCAGAGUUUUCCAGCUCUUUGAACCUCACAGAAACCCAGGUGAAAAUAUGGUUCCAGAACAGACGAGCCAAAGCAAAGCGACUGCAGGAGGCUGAGUUGGAAAAGUUGAAAUUAGCUGCCAAGCCACUGUUGUCCUCUUUUGCUCUUCCUUUUCCAUUAAGUGCUCAUUUGGGAUCUGUGGCAGCCUAUGGGCCCUCCAACACCUUCCAAAGACCUUCCAUACCUAUGCCUGGACUCUUCACAACACCAGUUACAUAUGGGAUGUACUAUUUAUCCUAACUGUUUGAUAUAACAUGAACAUAAGAUGAUGCCCAGAUGGUGGUGUGCCUACUUUUGUACAUCACAACAUCCUCUAUUAAUAUGGGCAAAAAAUAUAUCCAGCAAAGAAAGAGACAUUUAGAGAGGUUGUAACAGAAAUGUCUAGAUUCAGAUGUCAUUUGAAGUUAUUGGCUUCUCUGGUAUGAUGAGGUGUACAAGAUUUAUAGACUACUGCCUGUGUAGAAUAUGUGCUGUAAACAGGCUGUGGAUUACAUUACAUGGGAAAUACAGUGAAUGCAUUUCAAGCAAAGCACUUUGUUAUAGUUAUGUAUAACCAUAUUAGCUACCAAGGGGGUGGGGAGGGGAGAUGCAUUGCAGAGUACUAUAAUAAAAAGCAGUGUAAUAGGUUAUCAACCACUCUGGGAGAAAAUGUUAUUAUUUUUUUGUGAAUUUUUAUCAAUAGCGCAGGAAAAUGGAAAAAUAGGCAAAGCAAGUGCCUUAUAUUCUCAUAACUGAAGUGGAAUAGACAUUACCUAAUAAAGACUGAGAUUGUA